AUGGCACCUUCGGCGACCCUUCAGGCUGUCAAGUACGUGCUGUUGCUCCCGGAACUUCUGGACGAAGCUAUCGAUGAGCCGCUGUACGUACGCGAAGGUCACUCGGCGAAUGGAGUCCGGCGUAUCCCUGUGCGGCCUAGGAAGCGAGCGCGAGCGCAAGUGGAAAUCGCAACAGAGCAGACCAUAGCUUGGGCGGAAUCGGAGGAAGAAGUGGAGUCGAACUCCUCCCCACUCAUCCCCGCGCCAGUGGUGAUAACCAACGACAACUACUUCAUCCAUGGACAAGUAGCGGAGUGCUACGGCGACGAAGUUUUGGUCAACACAGCAGAGGGGGGCCAUCGUGUAGCCCGGGCAAGCCUCGUCAGGACAACACCGAUUGCUGCCGUUCUUCUCCGCCAAUUGUCAUUUGCGGCAGCAGAUUAG